CCAGAGGCCACAAAGACAGAGCUGUGGCACAGGAAUUUGUGUCCUAGAUUUGAUUUAGGUCCUGCUGAAUCUGAGGCACCUUCAGAAUGAAGGCUCUCUCCCUCCUCCUCUUUCCUGUCCUGGGGCUGCUGGUGUCCUGCAAGUCACUGUGUCCUAUAGAAGAAGCUAUCAGUGAGAAGAUCAAGGAAGAUGUCAACUCCCUAAUUUUGGAGUCCCUUAAGGGCAUUGACAUGAAUUGCAAGACUGUUACCUCCAGGGGGGACCUGGCCACCUGUCCUGCAGGCCACGUCGUCACCAGCUGCACGUGUGGUUCUGCCUGUGGCUCCUGGGAUGUUCGUGCAGAUACAACGUGCCACUGUCAGUGUGCGGGCAUGGAUUGGACUGGAGCCCGCUGCUGUCGUAUGGUGGUCACAGCCUGAGGUCAUGUGUGCAGCAU